AUGGCUCUGAAAAAUAGCGCUUUCUUCCUUCUUGGUCUGCUUCUCUACUGUGUCGCCAUGAGCGGCGCGGCCAGAAUCUUGGAGGAGACUGCUCCCACCAAGGGUGAGGAGCACAAGCCUGAGCUGCCACCACUGCCCAAGGUGGAGCUGCCGCCGUUCCCGGAGGUGCACUUGCCACCUAAGCCUGAGCUUCCUAAGAUGGAGCUACCAUCGUUUCCGGAGGUGCACCUGCCACCUAAGCCCGAGUUUCCUAAAGUGGAGCUGCCACCUAAGCCUGAGCUCCCAAAGGUAGAGCUGCCAACGUUCCCGGAGGUGCACCUACCACCCAAGCCGGAGAUGCCCAAGGUGGAGCUGCCACCAAAGCCAGAGUUGCCGACCAUCCCCGAGUUCCACUUCCCAGAGCCGGAAGCUAAGCCAUGAGAACUGCGUUCUCAGUAUUGUUAUCUCGUGUUCUCCCAUGUAAUUGUUGUUGUGUCGUGUUGUUGACGUGUUUGUUUAGUCCUGGUUGUGCGUGACAUGGUUUAUAUAUUUGUUACUCCAUAUAUGAGGACUGAUACAUUAAUACUUUAA